ACCUCGAAGCGUCGUCUUGAGAGAAUAAAAAAAUGAAGACCACGCUAAGUCGGCUCGUCAGAUUCAACCUCCACAUUUACGGCAUCUGGCCUUACGUACCGUCCACCGUGUUGUUUAGAUUGUACUGGAUAAUGAUGCUAAGCACAGCCCAGGUCUGUCAGUAUGGAUAUGUCGUAGUGAACAUUCAUAUGGACGACUUUUCCCAAUUUAUGGACGGAGUUAGCAGCGCGAUGGCUUCCUCUCUGCUCUACAUCAAACUCGUUCUUCUGUGGACCAAUCAACGAAUAUUUUUCGAUCUGUUGCAAAUGAUGUCCGCGGACUGGCAAGACAAUAUUAUCCCGAGCCCCUAUAAUUCGCGGAUAAUGAUGAAAACGGCAAAUGUCGCACGUCGCGCCUCGAGAUGGAUCAUUGGCCUGCAGAUAGGUGCCGUAAUCACCUACAGCGCCGGCGUUCUCGCAGCUAACGUGGGUAAUCCCGACAGAGUGGAACCGUACAAAAAAGAGCUCAUUCUCAAGAUGGCAUUCCCGUUCAAUAUUAGCACGAAUUCUAUUUACGUGGCGAUUCAAAGUGUUCAAUUUUACCAUCUGUUUCUUGUCGCCUGCGGCAUCACGACUAUCAAUUCGCUUCUCGUUACUCUGGUACUUCAUGUCAGUGGUCAAAUCGAUAUUCUUCGCGAACGAUUGAUGAAAGCUUUUUCCAAGAAUGAGACAGAUUUGACGGACGAGAUUACGAUACAAACAUUGAUCAUAAAGCAUCAGCGGAUUAUCGUAUUUUCGGAAAGUAUCGAGAAUCUUUACACAUACAUCGCGUUUAUGAUGCUUUUAUCUGACACACUCAUCAUAUGCUGUAUAGGAUAUAUUAUCGCUACUUCGUUAGAUGAUCCCAACGCGGCGGCGAUCCUGGUAAAGUCCGUGUUGUUUUACAUCACGAUAAACCUCGAGGCGUUCAUAUACUGUUUAUCUGGCGAAUAUCUGAGCGCCAAGAGUAAGAUGAUCGGGAAUGCGGCGUACGAUUCUUUGUGGUACGACUUUCCGGCCAAAGAGAGCCAAAUUAUAUUGUUUAUCAUUCUAAGGUCGCAGAAAAGGUUGACGAUUACGAGUGGAAAAAUCAUGGAUCUCUCUUUGGAGCGUUUUACUAGCGUUAUCAAGGCUUCAGCAUCAUAUCUAUCGCUACUACUAGCAAUGACCUAAAUAUAAAAGAGAGAGAGAGAGAGAGAGAGAAAGAGAGAGAGAAAGA